AUGGGGGAUCAAGUUUUUUUCUUUCUUGAUGGAAGCAAAAAAAAUAACGCCAUCUUUAACACUUUCGUCCCCUAUGAGAAAUCCUUACCUUGCACUGGCCACAGGUAUCAAACUAUUCAAUCCUGCAAUGGCCUUAUAUGUUGUAGGACCGCCUACUGCAACCCAACUAAAUACAUACGCGACCCGUCCACAAACCUUUGCAAAUUAAUACCUCCACCUCCACCCACUUUCUACGUCUAUAAUCCAUCCACAAAGCAUUACAAAAUAUUACUACCGCCGCCAUCUAAAAAGUACGGUUUCAAAGAGGUUUCUAAUGUUAGUUUAGCUUUUGAUCCUCACAAAUCACCUCACUAUGAAGUUAUCGCCAUAUGGGGAGAUACAACUGACGGUGUUCAAGCGGAAAUCUACUCCUCUAAAUCAGAGUCUUGGAAGGAUUUGGGAAUAAUAAGUGUCUGCCGAAGAAAAUGUGGAUUAGAAGAUUGUGGUGUCUUCUGGAAUGGUGCUUUGCACUGGUUCAACAAGUAUUGUUCGUUAUAUUUUGAUAUCAGUCAAAAAUUACUAAAACAACUGCCAAAACCAGAUAAGCCUAAAGAGGAUCUAGGACACUACAAAAGUUGGGUUGUUUAUUUUGGAGAGUGCAAUGGGCAUAUGCAUCUGAUUAAAACGUAUAGAGUGGAUGUUCCUACAAGUCUCUACAUCUUGGAAUUGAGGAAAGAUUACUCAGCAUGGAAUGUCAAGUACAAGGUAAACAUAGAGCAUUUAACAGCUGCAUAUAAGACUGAGUUUGUAUUGAAUAUACACGACUGCUUUGAAGAAUUAGAUUUCUCAGUGUUGUUUGUCGAAGACAAUGAUGAUGAUAAUAGUGAGGAUGGUGAGUCGAAAACAUCCAACUUGGUGAUACACGUAAGCGAGCAUAUCAUCUUUUACGAUCUUAAGGAUAUGAGCUUCAAAGAAGUUAAAGACGUACACUUGAGAAAGAAGUAUCCCUGGCAUCGUCUAGCCACUCCGUUCAUAGAGUCACUGGCAUGCGUUUGA